AUGCCAAGCCGUGGAACUAUUAUGCAUUACUGGACUUGUUUAGUCAUUCUGUGGGCCGUGAAUGCCCUCAUGCAAAGUGCGCAGCAAGAUGAUACAGUUGCUAACAAGUUAGGACCCAUAGAGGCUGAACUAUACGUCACAACAAGUUCCGGACUGGCCAAGUGCAAAGUGUAUGGGUUCUCCACGCCAAGUAGAUAUGGCUUGCGUCCACUGAAGGCAAAUCGCCUCAGUCUUUCUGCAAAGCAUCGGUUUACUUUCAGAUUUUCAAAUCCUCAUCCAUUUCCAAUUGAGGUAUCAAAGCUAAAUCUGAGUGCCUCUAACGACUCACAGAAUGACGAAAGUCAGGUAUUAUUUUUGUCGGCGGAAAAUUCUUGGGACUCACAACAAAAUGCAGAUCUUCAGCAGGUCCCGAAUUCUAUCACUUUGGCGGGUCAGCAGAGAAGUGGCCUGUGUUCCUUAACCCUUUCAAGCACGGCUCCCCAGACGUUGAAAGGCUUUGUUUCCGGAAUUAUUUCAUUGGAGAAUGUAUCGGCGAGCAAUUCUGCAGUGCCGAAGAACUCCUCGUCAAAUUUUCUUUUGCGACAGUUCUCCUUCGAACCCACUGUCUUUCUAGUUCCAUUUGAAUUGCACUUCGAUACCUCUUCGAAUCUGUUUAAUGUGCAGGAGGAAGUCCUUGAUUUUGGUAGUACCAUACAUUCCGAUCCGCCUAGACAGCUUCAUCUCACGGCUUUCAAUCAAAUGUCUGUUCCGUCAGCCUUAUCCAUCAAUGCGGUGAGUGGGAAGAAGUAUCUUGAUAUAUCUUACGAUCCAGUUGUUUUUCCCGACGGUUCGAAUUAUGGGAAGGAGAUCGCCACAAUCACAUUCGAUCCGGCUGUCGUAGACCGGUUUGGCGAUUUUUCAGGCAACGUAGAAGUAGAAACAGAUGGACAACCGCCAAUCGUUAUUCCUUACACUGCAUCUGUGUUGCGAGGAUCACUCCGGUUCAGCCACAAACAACUGUCUUUUUACUGCGGAUAUCCGGGCCAAUUUGUCGAAAAGAUGGUUUCUCUGACAAACACAUUCGAUUAUCCUCUCGAAAUCUGGGGCUAUCAACUGCCUGAAGCCUAUGCUGACCUGUUUGAGAUCGGCGGUCUCGCCGAAGCUGAGUAUCUACCUCCUACGGCGUCAGCAAACGUUUCCAUCAUAUUUCGAGGCUUUAAACAGGAGAAGGUUUUCGAGUGCAAAAUAACCUCAUUCAACCUCACCUUCUACACCAAUGCAUCAUCCUUUCACAUACCCUUCACUCUCUACGAUGCCAAACUGAAGAUUCUAUCUCCAAGUGCUGAGACCUCUGAUGAUGCUCUGACAUUUGAUAUCUUCGAUGUGGGCAGCCAAUACACUCGGAGUUUAUACAUCUCAAACCCGAAUCCCAUUGCAGUGGUUAUUCAGCGGUUACUCGUGGAUAGUCCGGCCGGAAGUUUGUGUGUUAGCCUUGCUCAACUCAGGCAACACUCAGGUCUCUUCUGUCAUCACCACGGCCACCACCACCAAGGCUCCGAGGUUGAGGUCAUCUUGAUGUCGGGAAGGAAUUGCAACUCUGAGCCGUCCAUCUCGAAACUUCUGAGGUUUCGUGUACCUGCCAAAGUGUUGACAAUGGAACCGCCAGUCCUCGAUCUGGGUUCAGUUUUCCCUGGAAAGCCUCUCUCACAGGACAUUCUGGUGCCCAGCAGCCUCGCCCGACCGGAGGAAGUGACCUCACUUGAGUUCCACUCCAUUCACGGCAUGCCCAGCUUUCGAGUUGACCUCUCCCAUGUUGCUGGGGUCACAUGGGUUAACCUCGAGCCCAAUCGGACCACGCUAAUGGGUGUGCUGUCUUACAACGCUUGGCUUGGUUGCAGAGAGAUCCUUGCAGCAUCUACAACUUCUGGUUUUGAGAAUGAUGAUGCUUCUGCUCGAGUAUGCUAUGCCGGAUUUGAAGUUGGUAGUGCUAAGGGAGGAUACUGGUUUGCAAGCAACUUCUUCCCCUUCUUAAAGGAUGAGGGCUUGCCAAACCAUGGCGUCACAUCUACUCCAAGUUCCGGGAUCGCCUUUUUUCCUGGUCUACGGUUUUCGGCCAGUCUCUUUACUCAGCUACGAAACGCCUGGCGCUCUUUGACCCGUCGUAUCCACGUAGCUACUGUUGGUGUCGCCCCGUUUAUUGCUGAGCCUACUGAGGAGUGCAAAGUGAUUGGACGCGUUGCUAUUCACUCCAUAGACAAAGAGCCAUCGUUCGUCGGUCGCCUAGUGGCUAAUCUCAUCUGGCCUCGCAUUCUCAGUGAACGGGUUACAUAUGAGAAGGCAAACGCUAAAUCCACUCCCUCCUCCUCUCCCUGUCACCUGAACUUCCAGUUUGGUUCCACUGAGGGUUUAGCACAAUUAUGGAUUCAGAACCUUGUCACAGAGGUGGUUACCUGUCGUCUAACUCUCAUUAAUCCCACCGAGAAGCCUCUCAUCAUUCAGCCCAUCUUGCUUGAUGAUCUUCUGCCGCUGAACAUGAAUUACACCGAAAUGGUGGAGCAAAUGCCGUCGCUUACAGCGGAACUAUUUUCUGCUGCCCAUGUACCCCAACAUCUGGCAAAGUUUCCGCGGCAUCCUUCACAAAGAACUGGGCGAUUCACCUCGUACAGGGACACGGCAAAAUUUGACGACGACUCACUGGCCUCUCUUCGCUCGGUUCUCCACUAUCAUAGCCUUCAAAACGUUGUCCUGCCCACCUGCUGUCCGGUUUACGUCCUCCCACCAAAGGGGGGUGAAGUGACCUACUUAAUUACCUUCACACCGGGUGCCUUCCACAAUGAAAGUAUUGGGUAUAACCACCAUCCGAAGUUCGACAACUCCCUUCUCCUGCUUCGCAACAAUCUCACAGCUCUGGAGACGGUGCUUCUGCAAACAGUCACUAGGACCGCGGUGGUGGGUGUUCGUAGCGGCCUCCUGCCCAUAGACUCAUCCUCGCACACCACGGAGGGGAGUGAGCGCAGUUUUACGACCUUUCCCACUGCAACAGGCCUUGCGUUUGAUGCAGCAGUUAGUUUCAAUCCUUUGUUAGUCAAUCCGGCGUGUGAGAGCACGCCAUUGGCGGGCAUUGUGGAUGUGGCGCGGUACGACCUGCGCUCGGAGAGUGGAAAUGCCUUGUGUCCGGUUGCUGCUGCGAGUUCCGAUGGUGCGGUUCAUCCCCGUCCCUCCAUCACACGUUUUCUCGAGGGUCUCAAAUCGGCAUUUCCGUUCAAUUUCUUCCGUCUCUCUAACUCGCAGUCCUCUCAGUCCAGUAUGGAAAGCUCCCGUUUCUCCUCUCCUCUGCAGCUAGCUUGGGCGAUGGAUGAGGAUGGAAUGCCCAUCUUUUCGUCUGAAUUCAUAUCCGGCCUCGUGUUGUCACGUCGUAUUGCUCUUUUCAAUCCCGGCUCUCUCUCCGUCUGGAUCAUGCGAGUGGGAUUCAAGCAACCCGGAAGUGCCGGAUACACCUCGGCUUUGGGGCAAUGUGAUCCCCAUUUGUAUGGCUUCUCUGUGGCACUCUGUGACAGCGAUGUCAUGGCAACAUCGACUCGUAGUCGUCACAAGACUGCGGAUGGUGCGCUGCGUGAGUUUGAGCUGAAGCCGGGUGAGCAGCGGUGGUUGGAAGUGUUGUACUCGCCAGAUUUCCUUCACACCGAAGUCAAUGUGGAGCUCUGUCUAUUCGCCUCACUGCUUGCGCCUUCUACCGGCAGACCGGUAUGGUUGAGCAAGCGGAUGAUGGAGUUGGAACCAGUAAUUGGGGAUUUUCGAUCAUCAUCAUCAUCAUUAUCAUCAUUCUCCACCUUCUCCUCCUCUGUUGCCUGCAACGCGAACAGCGUCAAUGAGUGCUCGGUCUUCCAGUUGGAUUCCAUCAAGCUGAGCGCCAAGAUCCCCUCCCCAUUAACCAGGCUGUGUCACAGCUCACUCAUUCGACCGCCAUUUGAGGAUAAUUUAUGGUCUCUCCUCCUCUUUGUGUUCGCCUCGAACCUGGCUGGCAUCUUUGUGGCAGCCUCCUUUGACGCAAUUCGUCUGCUCUCCUUCCACGAGAGUUGCAGACAGGUGACUGCGCCGGUCACUACCACUGCCAAUGCGAACUCGGACUCCGACCAGCAGUCGUCUUCCCAGCUUUUCAGCCUCAACUUCAAUCUUCCUGUCUUUGAGCAUCAACAUCAGCAGCAAGAUCAUCAGCAGCAGAAUAACUCUUUAUCACCCUGUCUUCGAGUGGUGGGGGCUACCACGUCUCAGCCCGCCUCCGACGACACCUACUGUCGACGUCGUUCGUGUCGAACUUUAGCGUCUGAGAUGGCAGAUCGACAGCAGGGCGACAAGUACUCCACCUUUGGUAUAGCUCGCACUGUGGCAAAGUCAUUGGUACGUGGUUUGCGAGCAGCUGCUACGGGCGCCGGAAGAGCAGUCUAUUUGCCGUUGACGCGAGGCUUGGGAAUGGUGGGGAAACGCUGGAGUAGUGCCCUCUCUCCCCUACGGAGUCAAACCGCCGAAGUGGAGCGAUCGGGUCGAGCUGCGAUGCGGAGGGUCAUGAAAUCCAGCAUAGAGACGUCCUCUGCUGUCCGGAAUCAGCAGCACCAAGGGCAGAAUCGUAGGGGUGGAGCAGAAAAUGCAGAGAGUGUUGGUACUCUUGCUAACCCGCGCAAGUCCUCCGAUGAGGUCAAACGCACUGCAAAGCAGUCCGCAGUCAGAACAAAUGGGGAGAUUUUAUCUUCGUCAUUGUCGAAUAACACCCAAGUGUGUAGUGAUGGUACUACCACCGCGGUGUGGACAAACCAGUCGGCUAUUGGGGGCUGCAUUAAGAAUCGUGGAGGCGGUGGAGCCAAGCACAACGCUUUGGGAACAGUUCCUGGAGAGCUGCAGGCUUCACUGAGGGCAGCAGCAACAGCAAUGACGGGGGGAGGUGCCUUAAAGAAGAACUCCCUUUCCAACUCCACCAACACCUCUGUCUCCACUACGACACCCUCCAGUCCCAAAAUGCGCACUGCUAAGUCAAGCGCAUCAUUGGGCACUCCACCUCCGCCCACUCCACCACCGCCUCCACCCUCACUCAUCAUGGAGAGCAUCAAGGUGGAGUCUGCCUCUAUGGGAGUGAAAAAGCCCAGACAGUUUGGCCAUCAGCAGCAGCAACAGCAGUUGUCCAAAACAACAGCGGCUGUUGCAGCCUUAAUACCUCAAUCUCAGGGAUCUUGCAGGCCAUCAGGCCAACGGUAUAACUCUUCCAAAGAGGCCAGUCUCCCCAAGCAGAAGUCACCACUGGCAGGUGCAAUUGACACGGUUGCCUCGGAAAGUCUGGCCCAACGAAAGAAAUCGGCGAAACCCAUGGCUCCAACGAAAUUAUCAUCCAUCAACACCACCGCUACAGGGACGGCGGCAUCACUUCCACCUUGGCAAACGCGGAAAGCAUCGGCGCCCAUAGAGGUGCAGUGUUCAGAUCAGUGGCGGCAACCAUCGGCCUCUGAGCCCGUUGAGAAUGAAGUGGGCAGCAGUGGGUUGGCUAGUCAUGCUGGGCGCCCAACCACGGCGUGGGCUGGGGUGUCUAGAUCAGAGGGUGCUGCCGCCGCUCCACGUCUGACAACUAACCAUCUAGGCGACUUGGAGUUUCCGCCGUUAGGCUCGGCUGUUGCUCGACGCUCUGUCAAGACAGUGCCGGUGGCUGGUGGUGGUAAAAUUUUGCUCUCCCCAGAGUUAUCUCGACUGGUCACGGAGACCUCGGAGUUUGAUCGGCAAAUGCGCUGUCUACCGCCAAACACUCACCGUUUUCACAACGCCACCAACUGGGAUGACAUUACACAACAUCUGCGGCAACAUCCGCAGCACCACUUCUCGGCUCGCUACUGCAUCCCGCAUGCUACCUCCUCCCUCCUCUCAACACCUCGUGGUCAAUACACCACACCGAUGGCACAUCGUCAUCACCGCCCCUGUCUCUACAAUGCAUCCUAUCCCAUGACCACCAUGCCAUGUCCACCCUCAUCCUCGUCCACCUACUGUCACUCCACCAACACCGCUCCGACCGCCACAGAGUACGCCAGUCAUGGCUACACGUAUCUUCAGCACCAGCAAAACCCCUUCGAGCCUGUCGUGUUUAGCGGCACCAGUGCCAACGACUUGCACGUCAACAGUCGCGACCAUCGACGCCGACGAUCUUCUACGGGUCAGAUUUUCACUUCUGCUGAAAAACCCACCGCCACCACUACCACCACCACGACAGAUUCUGCGGUGGCUACUGACGACCAGGAGCUGGCCAAUCUCAUGCUCUUCUCUUCACACAAGUCAGACAUGGAUUUGACUUCAAUUUUGCCCAAAAUGGAUGGUGAUGUGGUGGCGGUGGUGGAGGAGGGAAGCAGUGCCGAUGAGAGAUUUUGUCCACCAGAGUGGCUCAAUGCUUUCGACACAUCGCCGCCUCCACCAUUGCAGACGACGACUGGGGCCACUGUCCAAGGGACCAGCGCACCUCCUUGCGAGUUGGAACAGCUCACAGCGACACGACGUCGGUGGAUGCUGAUGCAUGAGCAGCGUGGCCGAAUGCGCUCAGAGGAGACGGAUCUCGGGUUUGAAAGCAACGACUUCCCCUUGCUGGAUUGUGAGCAUUUAGUGCCUUCGACUCCCAUGAAUAGCCGUCCUACUUUGGGCAGCCAGCUGGAUGACCCCUUCCUACACAAGAACAAGAGCAAUGUCGCCUUUGACAAGACUGUCGGAGGACAGUUAACAAAUGCAAUUCCUGCAGUCGGAGUGACGCCAAGUAGCCAGGCCAAGACCCCGCAGGCACUGCCUGACGCCUUUGGAAUGUUCCAAAAAACCUGGCUGCCAGCCUUUCUACCCUGGCGCAGCAGAUUCUCCACAGAGGAUCCUACACGAGACCCAGACUUUGCAGAGGCCACUCUCUACUUCUCAUCUUGCCAGCCGGAUAUUCCCGGGCCUAUCAUACAGGAGGUGACAGAGCCGACAACUGCAAGCGACGACAGCAGCAAGAGUGUUGAAGACAUCAGCGACGAGAUGGGACAACUAACUGAAGUCAGAGCGGGCCAGAUGCUUCCCUGUCAUGACGUGAGCGACGACAAGCGAACCUAA